AUGUCGUCCCCUAAGCGUAACUUCCAGCCAACCGCAGCAGAGACUACCGCCGACCACUACGGUCGUCUUCACGGUAUCCCCGAUGAUGUGCAACUGGCUCUUCAGAAUGUCGGCCGCAAGAACAGACAAUUCGUCGCCAUGGGCCGCCCUCUCGUCCCGACUCAAUCGGCCCCUGUCCUGACUUUCGGCAACCAGAACGCCAACAUCUUCGUGACCGAGGCCGAAAUGUACCGCAACGCUCAAGGUAUCAUUAACAAGGAGCUUUCGCGUGCCAACGAGGUUCAGCCAUACGCGGCGAGCGUGGACGCUCUUGACCUGGCCGGCGGCAGCUCGGGCGGCGUCGGUCUCGGCUCAGACCUCCCUGUCCGCGGCUUCAAGCGUCACACCGAGGGCGACACCAGCGGGUCCGAGUCCCCCGUCAUGGUCCCCAGCGGCAGCGCGUCGCCAAACUUUGGCAGUCUCACCCCUGCCGACGACUUCCCCUCAGUCUUCCGCGCCAAGUCGCCGCUCGCCAACCCCGAAAUGGCAUCGAGGGCCAUGCCCCCUCCUCCUCUUCCUGCCGGCCGCAUGACGCGCGGUCUCCCCCGCCGCAACCCCUUCAGCAAGACCAUGUCCGCCCCCGUCAGCCGUCUCGGUACCUGGUCAGGCAUGGAGGUCGACGGUAGCUGGGUGCCCGGUAACCCCGCCAACACGAACGCGUCUGGCGACGCCGCCGAGGAAGGCGCCGCGACUGGACCCGCUGCCGCUGGUGCUGCCUUUGUGGGUCUCUCUGGCCCCGUGGAGGAGGAGGAUGGCUUCGACGUGUCGGAGUGGGCCAAGAGCGAGCAGUUCUAG